AUGGAUGUACUCAGAAUUUAUGAUGACACUGCUACACCAAACAUAUCAAUAGCACUGUAUCGUUAUCUAUGUCAACAGAUAGUAGGAUCAGAAGAUCAUGAUAAACAAAUCAGAUUGAUGAACGCUGCCAGGGACAAUUUACAUAGUAACAAGGAACAAACAAUUAUAACAAGUGGUAGUUUGGGAGAAGGACUUGAUAUGCGAGGCAGUGAUUUAGAUUUAAUGCAUUUAUCAAGGAACUUAAAGGUUUAUGAAAAUGUAAAACCCUUCUUUAUUCCGAAUACAAUAUAUUUUUCAAUGGAUACAGACGAUGUUAAACCUGGUUAUGUUCAGUUGAAACUAAAUUAUUGCGGAUUUCGGAUAGAAAUUUUAAGAGACUGUAUAGAACAAAAUGGUAAACAUUAUUUAUCAUCGACAAUCCAUCGACAAUCAUGAUUAUUAACGAAGAUUCAUGGACCCUGCAUUUCUGACCAGUCGGAAUACCUGGACUUAGCCUGCUGUUUACACUGUAACACAUGGGUAUCUUCAGUAGGACAGUGUAUCAAAAGAUCAAAUAACUCAUGGCCGAAUUAUAAUGUCAAACAAAAUAUUAUAAAACACGGCGUACUUUUAGUACCAAUCGGAGUAAAGGGGUCCCCCAAGGAAGAUCUAGAAUGGCGAAUAUCUUUUUCAGUUGGUGAAAAAUUUCUGAUUUAUACUUGUACACACACUCAAUUAUUGUGCUAUAUAUAUAUAGGAAGAUUUGUGUUUUGGAUAUCUGAAGAAAUGCCACAGUCUGUUUGGAAACCUAAUUACAUUAUUCCUUGUUUUAUGCGAUGUUUUAGGAGGCAAGUGUAUUGUGUUGAGCACUCAAUGUGCUUACAUUACUUCAUUCCGGAGAACAACAUGUUCGAAAACAAAAUUGUGGGCCGUUCUCGUGAAGUACUUUUAGAAAUCCUGAAUAUGUUGCAUAGUUAUAAUUGGCGAUGCAUCUUAUUUUCUGAUCAAAUAUCUAGUUUGGAUUGAUCAAUUUGGAAUUUCCCGAACAACCUGCAUGCACUUUAUGCAAAAGAAGUGGGAAAAAUACUUAAAUCGAAGUUAUUGAGUAUGUCAAAUUUUGCCUUAGAUUUGUUGACAUCGACAAUAGUCAAUAUUAGGAUGAAGCAGACAUUUUUGUGGCAGCAUACUUACCAGUUUUCUAUAAAAGACAUACAUAAAUUCUACAUAUCAAAGUGCUUUCAUUUAUGUAUCCAGCGUGUACCACUCAUUAUUAAUAAUAAAUACCAAUACAAACACUACAAAUUAUGUCUUAGUACUCUCUUAGAU